AUGGACGAUGUUGCUUGCAAUCAUCUCCAAACUUUAUGGGAGGAAUUAGAGAUAUAUGGAUUUGAUUUGUCAUGGCUGAAACCUCAUGUACAAUCUGCAUUGGAUAUGAAAACUUGUGUUGAGAAAGUUCUUACUAUGAAAAGAUUGGAGGAGAAUGUUAUUACUUUGGAGAAUGAUGUGACUGUUUUAGAGAAAGAAAUAAAGAAUUUGACGACAAAGAUGAUUGAAGCAAAGGUAAAUCUAGAAAUAACAAGAAGAGACUUGGUUCAAUCAAAAGAAGGUUUUGAAGAAUGUGAUUUGGAUGCUCAACAUUUAGAUGUUCUUCUAAUUAUCGAUGUGAUUUUUUAUGUUGAACAUGUUUGA